AUCGUUAACUUCGAAUUUUGUUGACCGUGUACUUGUAGUCGUACCUCUCCUCAAUAAAUUUCUCUGUCCUCUCUCUCUCCUCAUUUAAACUCUCUCUCUCCUAAGAAAAUUGUUCCUCUCUCUCCUCCAGAAGUAUCACCAUUAUCACCAUUGGAGUACUUGAGAAGUAGUUAAAUUACUAAAGGACAUGAGUCGAUCUUUGCACCUAUAAGAACUUAAACCUGGGUAAUCCACCAUUGGAGCGAAUUGGAGAUUUCUAAUAGCUUAUUGCGGCUCAUUACUAGAACUUGGUCGGUUUACCAAACGGAAAAGGCAUAUUCAUCAGGUUUUGUAUAUAUGCACCCAGUAAGUAUGUUACAGUUGGAAAUUAUAGUAUACUUUAAAUCUAAUCGUGUGUGAAAAGGAUGGCAGUGUGAGGUGUGGGAAGCUUGGACCACUACAUCCAGAGAUGUUUAAGGUUACCUGUGCUUUAAUAGAUUGGUCUUCUGCUUACGUUGUCUACUUUAGUGAAUUAUAUUCACUUCAACUUGUUCAUAGGAGAACUUCCUUACUGUUAAAGGGGCAUUAAAAGGAAGGGGGGAAGUUUUGAAAUAUUUUGCUUGUGGUAGCUCUAAGGUUUGUUUGCUACUCUGCUAAUGUAUGCACCAUAUCCUUUUUGGUCAAUUGGGCUGUAAUAUACCACCCAUUUGAUGAUGUACAUGCACCCAACUUGACAUGCCAUAUAGAUUCAUUUGGUAUAAUUUGUCAAAAGUUUGAUGGAAGACGUUGGAGAUGGGUAAAUUAAAUGGGAAUUGGUGGUUUAAUGCAUCUUGACUCGUCAGAUAUGCAAUUACCCAGGCAAUUGGCAUAUUGGGUGUUGACUCGUGUUGAUCCUUUUAAUAAAAUUCUUAUAUCUCUAGAUGGUAAGGAGUUUAGUUUAUCUCCUAAUCAAGUGUAUUGGGUGUUGGGAAUUCUUAAUUAUGGGAAGGAAGUCCCUACCAAGAAGAAUAUGACAUCAAAAUUAAAAGACAAGGUUGAAGCAAUAUUGAGUAAGUAUGGGUAGUCGUGGGAAACUAGGUGUAAUGGUUAUGAGGGUAAGGUUUAUACUAGUAAGGGAAUAUCUGUGAAUUCUUGGCUUAUGGAAAGUCUGGAGGGUGAGUGGACGGAGGGUGAGGAAGUUGAAUUCAAGACUAUGUUUCUAUUGAUGUCCCUCCACAUGGUAUUAUGUCCAACCCAAUCACCUAGACUUUAAGCCGAUCUUGUUCCUGCACUAACAUGUGCAUAAGAUAGCAUGGAUUAUGAUUGAUGUGGGUUGGUGGUUUCGAAGUUAUUAGGUAUUGUAUCAUCGUUUGCGCGUAAUUUUAAUGCUAAUGGUUAUGAUGGAGGAUCUAGAAGCUGUUUGUUAUUUAUUGUGGUAAGAUAUUCAAUAGCAUAAUUUGCCAUAUUGUUUGAUUUGUAUUGUGUAUUAGUUGUCUUAAGAUGUGAACAGGUUAUGUACUUGGACAUGCACAAUAUAGUGCCGCUACGAAGAGGUGUUUUUCCUAGGAUUAAUGUCUGGAAUAUGCAGGAAAUUGGCUUAGUUGUAAGGCUUGAUCGUCACUCCGCUGAUGGUGACUUUGGUAAAAUGGGGAUGAUUGAUGUUGAUAUGGAGAGAGUCAUCCCAAGGAGGCUUGGGAUAGCAAUGCCUAACGAGGAGAUUCCAUUCAUAUUCAAACCUCCUAAGGUAAGGAGGAUUAGAUGUGCGACAAAUCCCUGUUUUGUCCGGAAUCCGCUACCUGCGGAAUCAAUCCUUUAUAUGGAGGUUAGCAUGUUUAAUAGUAAUAAGGAUUCAUGUUCUGCUGAUAUGAAUUUGUUUAUAUUAUUGUGUGUUUGUGUUGUACUUAAGGAUGGCAAUGGGUCGGAUAUGUACUGGAUCCGAUUGGAUCCAGAUCCAAAUAUGUUUUUGCCCCCUGGAUCCAUAUCCGAUCUGGAUCCGUCGGGUAUGGAAAAGGAAGAUCCAUAUCCAUAUCCGUUGGAACCUACGGAUACGGAUCCAAAACAGAUCUUGCACAUUGUACCUAUUUUUUAAGCAAAAAAAUUAGUUUUUAAUUAAAACAAUGGUUCAACUUUCAAACUCUAAUAAUACAAGACAACUUAUACAAAUCUCAAUAUUCCUCUAAUACAAUACAAACAAGUACAACCAAUUUGUGAAAUAUGAUGAGCAUCCAAAAUCCAUUUCUCAAGAAGCCUUUGGGCCAACUACCAAGAGGGCUGAAAAAAUGAAAAAUCAAACAGUGAGCAUCCAAAAUCCAAAACAUGCAAUUACUGAAAAAAUGAACAGUGAGCAACAACCAUAUAAAUCCACUCAUUAGGAUAAUAUACUAACAAAUUAAUUAUAAAGCAUGACAAAAAUAGCUUUAAUAAAACAAACAUAAAGUAUAGAAUUUAAGGAUUAAUAAAACUACAUACCACAAAU